CAGGGACGAGUAUCAGAUAUGUUUCUAGUAACUCCCCCGUCACAUUGACAUGUCCGGCUGAUGACCAAGCCACCGAUCUGACCUGGAGAGGACCCGGAUAUAUUCAGUAUUUCAUUGGUACCACGGUGGCGGCUGGUCUGAGUGGUAUAAUAAAAUCCCGGGUCUCUGCCCGUCACACCGGAGGGAAUUAUACACUGACGUUUACAGGAUUCAGGUACAGUGACGAGGGACUAUACAAAUGCACAGUGGAUGGGACAGAGUACCUACAGAUGAUCGUUAAACGAGAUAGGAGUCAAACAACUGUGAAUGUCCAAAGUAACAACUCCGUCACACUGACCUGUGCUGCUGAUGACCAGGUAUCUCACCUUGCCUGGACAAAACUUGUCGGUUACUGGCGUACGUAUGUCAGUAAUACCACGGUGACGACUGGUCUGAGUAGUAGCAUUAAAUCCCGGUUAUCUGCUAGACACACGGGAGGAAGAUAUACACUGACGUUUACAGAGUUCCGGUCCAGUGACUCCGGGUAUUAUCGGUGUGAAGUGGAUGAUACAUUGUACCGUCAACACGUCCGUUUACAAGUUCCACCAAAUUUUCCAAAGAUAGAAAACACAGUACGUGUAAAUGGUCAAAACAGAACAACAAUGGUGGAAGACAGAAGAAUGACCUUGAAAUGCAACGCAAAUGGUGGUAUUCCGACCGCCAGUGUUUCAUGGAUCAAAGAUGGUAUCAACUUGGUAACGUCAACCCGCUACACAAAAGUGUUUACCCGAGCGGACGACAGGACCGUGUAUACAUGUCAGUCUAGUAGUCAAGCCUUAACCAGUCCCCAGACCACCAGUGUGUUGGUAUACCUAGAUUUGAAGCCGAGACAACCAAUUAUAUCUGAUGAGUUGUCCCAGACAGAGAACGCGACUCUACAAGUGAAAUGUGUGUCUACAGGAAGUAGACCAGCGGCCGUUAUUCAGUGGAAUGUCGGUUAUACAUGGACAUCCAAUACUUCCACAGAUGUCAAAGUAAAGGACAGUGCUACGGAUACCUACACCGUGACGUCAACACUUUCACUACCAGUCACCCGUCAGGACAAUGGGAAGUCUGUGUACUGUAGAGCUAGUAACCAGGCCUUGUCUGGAGGGAUUGAGUCAGUACGACACAGUAUAACAGUAUUGUUUCCAGCAACAUUUCCCGAGAUAAGUAACACAGUAAGUGUGGAUGGUCAAAACAGGAUAACAGGAGUUGAAGGCAGAAGUAUGACCUUCACAUGUAACGCACCUGGUGGUUCUCCGGCCGCCAGUGUUUCAUGGAUCAAAGAUGGUAUCACCUUGGUAAUGUCAGAGAGCUCAGCCCGCUACACAAAAGUGCUCACCCGAGCUGACGACAGGACCGUGUAUACAUGUCAGUCUAAUAGUCCAUCCCUGACAAGUCCUCAGACCACCAGUGUUUUGGUAUACCUAGAUUUGAAGCCGAGACAACCAACUAUAUCUAACGAGUUGUCCCAGACAGAGAACGCGACUCUACAAGUGAAAUGUGUGUCUACAGGAAGUAGACCAGCGGCCGUUAUUCAGUGGAAUGUCGGUAAUACAUGGACAUCCAAUACUUCCACAGAUGUCAAAGUAAAGGACAGUGCUACGGAUACAUACACCGUGACGUCAACACUUUCACUACCAGUCACCCGUCAGGACAAUGGGAAGUCUGUGUACUGUGGAGCUAGUAACCAAGCCUUGUCUGGAGGGAUUGAGUCAGUACGACACAGUUUAACAGUAUUGUUUCCAGCAACAUUUCCCGAGAUAAGUAACAUAGUAAGUGUGGAUGGUCUAAACAGGACAACAGGAGUUGAAGGCAGAAGUAUGACCUUCACAUGUAACGCAUUUGAUGGUUCUCCGGCCGCCAGUGUUUCAUGGAUCAAAGAUGGUAUCACCUUGGUAAUGUCAGAGAGCUCAGCCAGCUACACAAAAGUGCUUACCCGAGCUGACGACAGGACCGUGUAUACAUGUCAGUCUAAUAGUCCAUCCCUGACAAGUCCUCAGACCACCAGUGUGUUGGUAUACUUAGAUUUGAUGCCGAGACAACCAACUAUUCCUGACGAGUUGUCCCAGACAGAGAACACGACCCUACAGGUGAAAUGUGUGUCUACAGGAAGUAGACCAGCGGCUGUUAUUACCUGGAAAGUCGGCGGUUAUUGGCAGUCCAACAAUCCUACAGAGGUCAAAGUAAAGGACAGUGCUACAGAUACCUAUACCGUGACGUCAACACUUUCACUACGAGUCACCCGUCAGGACAAUGGGAAGUAUGUGUACUGUAGAGCCGGUAACAGGGUUGGGCGAUUGCAAUCAGCACGACGCAUAACGGUAUUGUAUUCUCCCGCCAUCCAAGUAAGUUACAACCCUACAGACAGAGUGUUGAGAUGCGUCCCCGACGGAUACCCUGACACCUAUCAGUUUGGUCGGUGGCGUCACACAGCAGUAGACGGAACAGAGAUACGUCAGUUGACAGGCAGUUCUAGUUUCACUCAGUCUCUCCUGACCCUGCCUGACCUAAGUAUUAACAGACGUUAUGAGGACACAGGCUACUAUGUAUGCAACGCCUCCAACGGCAUUCCCGCAUCGUCCUCUUACAGAGCCGGCUCUGUGUUCCUUGCUGUAGAAGCUCCUCCCGAGGUACAUUUGCCAUCUAACACUGCAGUAGUCGAGGGAGAGAUAGGGAAUGGUGUAACAAUAGAAGUGGAGUUCUACAGCAGACCGGCGGUCAGUAUUAGUGACGUCACAUGGACCAGAGGAUCGGAGGAAUUACUUCCCCCUACUACUUUCGUUGCAGCUUUAGGUAUCAGGUCUAUCAUGACUUCAUUCCAUGAAGUAGACGUUCAGGUCAAAGGUUAUGUGGCCGUACUGAACAUCAAAACACUAGCGGAGGGGGACCUUGGUAACUACACAGUAACAAUAGUAAGCAGAGUCGGUAAAGGACAAUACAACGUUGAGGUUAUCAGCGCAGUUCCACAAGAUGAUGGGGAUAAAACAAGAAUAGCCCUCAUCUGCGUGUCAUCCUUUCUUGCUGUUGUGGUGGUUGCGGUGGCCGUUUCUGUUUUAAUUUGUAUGUGGAAAACUCCUUGGUGCGUUAAGAAAGACGGCACAAGGAUACAACACGUGGCUGAAACAAGGCAGCAUUCCGGACGAGACAAUAUUGCGUUCAACGAAAGCAAUCAAAGGCUGUCGACCUAUGAAGCUCUGAAUCUUGCUAAUAGGAGUUCACCUGCAAUAUAUGAAGACAUUCGCGGGCAAGGUCAGCAACCAUCAGGCGAUACCAGGGAUGGACAUUCCUUUCGGUUUCAUGGAAAUGACGCAGAGUCAAAUGUGUAUGAAAACUGUUGAAGAGACAGUAAUUAUGAUUCAUAGUUUCUUAUAUGGUGGUCCAGUCAGUCUAACGGGUGACUGUAAUGUAGACCAAAUCGCCUCAAGGACUAUGGAACUCCAUAACUUCAACAACAAAUCACCUCUCCGACACGAGAAACAAAGGAUACCUGUACUCUAAUAGAUCACAUGUACACUAACAUUCUAUGUAAAAGUGUGUUACCAAUGGGUAUUAGUGAUAAUCACGUGUUAUUUGUCGUUCAGAAGCUGCGACAAAACAUGAACCAGAGAUUUUCGACGAAGUUGACGACGACUGGCAAACAUUUAAGGAAUUCUUCUUUGAAGUUGUAAACAAGCAUCUAUCUUUAAAGGAAAAAACGUGCAAGGCCAAAAACAGAACCAUAUAUCAAUGUUGAUAUUUUGAGUGAAAUGUUUAACCGAGAUUAUCAUCAUAAAAAGGCCAGGAUAUAAAAAUUUGAAACUGACUGGCAGUUGUUUCGCGCAUCUCGUAAGAUCACGUGCAAAACGAGACUUCUUAGACGAGGUUAUCCUGGAAUGUUCGAAUAAUUCAAAGGAAAUGUGUAGGAGGAUUAAAACAUUUCUUCCCAAUUAAAAUCUUCUCUUCCUUCGAGUAUCAAAGUCAAUGACACUGACGUUUACAGAUGACUUUGAUAUUUCAAAUGGUUUCAAUACUUUUUUAUAGUACCAUUGCCCCUAAAAUUGCAACCAUAUAUGACGACAGCCUUCUACAUGUAGAUUUAUCUAAUAUUAAUAACAAGUUUGUUAUACCCACAUGUAAACAAUUAAUUUGUAUGUAAACACAUAAAACUACUAGGUGUAAUGUUAAUGAAAUUUGCUGGUGAUACUGUUAAUAAUGCACUUGUUUGUAUUUUUAGUUUAUCUAUUAAUUCAUGUUCAUUUCCAAUAGAAUCGAAAACUGCAAAAGUAUUUCUAGUGUUCAGGUCUGGUGAUAGGGCUGAUGUCAACAAUUAUAUGCCUUUCCCUGUUUUACUUAUUGUAAGUAAGAUACUGGCGAUGCUGUAAUUCAUCCACUUGUUUGUAUUUUUAAUGUAUCUAUCAAUUCAUGUUCAUUUCCAAAAGAAUUGAAACUGCAAAAGUUUCUCUAUUGUGUAAAUCUGGUGAUAGGUCUGAUGUCAACAAUUACAUGCCUUUUUACUUUCUGUUUUACCUUUUGUAAGUACGUUACUUGAGUGACAUGUGCAUGAUUAUCUCUAUACGUGUCUCUUUGAUAACAGUCUGUUGAUUGACAUUCAGUUUGGGUUUCGUUCAAAUCACUCUAAUGAGUCGGCACUUGUGAGCUUAGUUGAAAAGUGGUUUAAGACUAUGGACGAUGGUAAACCUACAGGUGCCAUUUUCCUUGAUCUAAGCAAGGAAUUCGACACGGUGAAUCACCAUGUGCUUCUUCAAAAACUUUAAAUGUUUCGGAAUGUCAGAUAUGUGCCUUAGAUUCUUUUCUUUAUACCUUAAAGAUAUACAAACAUGUGUAAAUGUUAAAGGUAAAUUGUCCAAGUUUGUACCUGUGACAACUGCUGAUCCUCAAUGAUUCAUCCUUCGACCCUUCUUUUUAUACUUUAUAUGAAUGACUACAGUAAACACUUCAAGGGACUAAUGUCAACGAUAUUUAAUUUAGUCUGUCAGAGGAUCUUAAGCGUAUAGUUAAUCGUAAGGAUCAGAACAAACUUAGUUUGAACCUGAUUAAGACUCAAUGCAACAUGUCAUUGAAAAAGUAAAUAGUACCAAACUUCUUGGUGUUAUUAUUGGUGAAUGUUUGAGCUGGGAGAACCAUAUAGAACAUUGGUGUCAGACAAUAUCCAAAAAGGCUGGUGUUUUUAAACGUGUAAGACCAUUUAUGUCCAUCUAUCUGUAUGACAAAAAAGUGUACCAUAGCAUUGUUUUACCGCACUUCCUAUACUGUUCUGUGUCAUGGUGUACUCCAUUUAAUAUGGAAUAUUUAAACAAACUGUGUAUGCUUCAAAAACGGGCAGCAAGAGUAGUUCUUAAAGUUAUAGAAUUGUUUACCCCAACCCCUGUUCUUUUACAACGGUUAAGGUGACUCCCAAUGCAGAAAUUUUACCAGCAAAAGACUUUAUGUGAAAAAAUGAAGGACAAAUUAUUAUUAAAAACAUUCUAUGGAACAAUUAUGAAACCUCGCUGCACUUUUUACCUAGCAUAGUUUUUAAGAAGGAAUACCUUCCUUUUUUUUAUAGCUGUGAGUAUUUUAAAAACAAAUUUAGAAAGCUCACACCGUAUUUUACGUAGUUUGUGUCUAUAAGAAGGAAUACCUGCAUAUAAUGUUUUAGAUGAGACGAAUAUUUUUAUACUUUAGCUUGUCAGGAUCUGCACAUGUGAUAUUGUUAUUAUUUAUGUUAUUGUAUGUAGCAUGCUCAUGCCCAGUUUAAAUAGUGUACUUCAAGGCCAUAUUGUAAAUUAGAUGUAAAUCUAAAUAUGUAACCAUGUCUACAUAAAAUAUUUCAUUAUUAUUAUUAUCAUGUCCUUUAAUAACCAUAGCUGUUCGUAGGGCGUUAAUCACCAACAAACCAAAGCAAACCUUUCGUAAAAGAUAAAAAGUGUAAAAUUCAACUGAAGACUGGUUUUUUUUCAAUAUUUUCUCUGUUAAAUAGAUUGUUUGUUAAAAGUAUAUUAUGUUCACACCAGUUUUAAAAAGUCAGUAAAUAUUGUUUUUUAUUUUUCUAUUUUUUAUUAUUUUGAUGUUUGCUUUGUGUAUUCAUUUUAAAUAAAACAACGCAAAUUAUGUUUCAGUUCAUGAUUGUGUCCUGUAUAGAGGAUCGUGAAGCCUUUUUCCAGAAUUUAUGAGAGAAAAAAAAUAAUGGUGAUUUCCGGUUCAUCCACAGGAAACAUGAAAGUGUUCAAAAACUAUAAGUAUAGUUUGAUCGGCAGGUAGAAAUUCCGUCUGUCGUGUUCAGAAAUACACUGGUGCAUGCUAAAUUACUUAAAUACAGUUUUAGGUUAAUUGAAGAAGAAUUCCUCUCAGAACGAAGGGCGUUCUCGACAAUUUAGGUAUCUUGUAGACGACAGAGAAAUUGCAAUUCUUUAUCCUUGUAAAUAUAUUUCUUUGAUGUUUGUCACAUUUGCAUAAGAUGCGAUACUGUACAUCUUUAUUUUUCCAGAAGGCAGAUGCUUUAUACUUUUCUAAAUAAAUAUUAUGUU